AGCCCAAUUUUUUGCCUGAAAGCAACUGUGAAGGAAGCCAAGGGGAUUUUGGGUAAAGAUGUCAGCGGGUUCAGCGACCCGUACUGCCUGCUGGGCAUCGAGGCCAAGAGCCAGGAGCCAGCUGUGCGGGGUGGUUUGGGGUCUCCCACCUGCUUGGAGUUUGAAGACACGGAGACGGCCAGCUUCCACCUAGACAUGUGGGACUCGGACGUGGUGGAGUCGGUGCGGCCCAAGCUGGGGGAGCUGACGGACCUCCACGGCCUCAAACGGAUCUUUAAAGAUGCUCGAAAAGACAAAGGGCAGGAUGAUUUCCUGGGGAACGUGGUCCUUCGCCUGAAGGACCUGCACUGCUGGGACGACCGCUGGUAUCAGCUGGAGCCACGGACGGAGACGUACCCCAACCGGGGACAGGCCACCACGUGCAGCAGGACACAGCCCAGCUACACAGUCCAUCGCCACCUCCUGCAGCAGCUGGUGUCCCACGAGAUCCUGCAGCACCAGGCUGGCAGCAUCGCCUGGGACGGAGAGCUGAGCCGGCACGCCAGGACCGUGCUGUACCUGCACGCCACACAGAAGGACCUCUCCGACUUCCAUCAGGUCAUGGCGCAGUGGCUGGCGUACAGCAAGCUCUACCAGAGCCUGGAGUUCAACAGCAACUGCCUGCUGCACCAGAUCACCAGCAUCGAGUACCAGUGGGUGCAGGAGCGCCUGAGGCCGGAGCAGAAAGCAGAGCUGGCAGAGUCCUUCCAGUCCAUGCUGACUUACGGGGUCUCCCUCGUCCGGAGGUACCGCAUCAUCUUCCCCCUCUCUGUCCCGAGGUCCCCAGAGAGGCUCCAGUCCCUGCUCCGGGUCCUGGUCCAGAUGUGCAAGAUGAAAGCUUUCCGCGAGCUGUGCACGCUCAGCCCCGACCUCCAACAGAUGGUCUCCACGGCGCUGAAGUCAGGCACAACCGAGUGGUUCCACAUGAAGAAGCAGCACCUCAAGCCCAUGGUCAAGAGCAUGGAGGAGAAUGGUAAAGCCUUGUCCAGACUGCUCGUGGAGGUGAUAGGAGAUCUCCAGCAGUGCCAGAAAAUCUGGAAUAAAUUCUUCAUCAACACCCUGAAGUUGAAUCUCUUCUCCAUCGCCUACCUGGAGCUGGAGAGCCUGGUCGCAGAGCACGUCCAGGAGCAGCUGCGCGAGGUCGACAGCGGCAUGUCCAAGCCCACAGCCGAGAGCCUUUUCCAGCUCUACAUGAACCUGCAGGAGCUCUAUCGGAUGAAGGACUUCCUCCCAAAGAGGGAUGGACCUCUGGCUCUGAGCAAUUUCCACCAGUGGUUCAAGGAAGCCGUGCCCCAGUGGCUGCAGAAGGCCUACACCAUCGCGCUGGAGAGGGCACAGAGAGCCGUCCAGAUGGACCAGCUGACGCCCUUCGGGGAGCACAACAAGCACAGCACCUCCACUGUCGACCUGUCCACCUGCUACGCCCAGAUCGUGAAGACCUGGCAGCAGCUCAACUGGCCGGAUCCUGAGGAAGCCUUUAUGAUCAUGGUGAAGCUCGUGGAGGACAUGUGCAAAAUUGCCCUGAUGUACUGCCGGCUCAUCAAGGAGAGGGCUGAGGCUCUGUCGCUGAGAGAGCAGAGCGAGGGCGAAGCUGCCAACAGGCUCUGCAUUGUGGUGAACAACAUCAAGCAGCUGCGGCUGCUGAUCCUGAAGCUGCCGUCGCAACUGGACUGGGCCCAGCUGGAGCAGCGCACGGGGGCCGUCAUCGAGCGAUGCCAAGUGCCUCCGUGCGUUCCUCCCUGGCAGCUGGAGAAGGGCAUCGCCAGGCACAUCCAGGAGCUCUCGUCUUCCAACGACACCCAGGAGCCCGAGGACUCCAUCAUCCCGCUCAUGAAGUUCCUGGAGUCGGAGCUGCAGUAUCUCAAUGAGCAUCUGGUGCAGGAGAACUUCAAAACCCUCCUCGCUCUCCUCUGGCAUCACACCUUGGCCGUGCUGUCGGCAGCCGCGGGGCAGCAGGUCUCCUCCACCCAGCGCUACAAGAAGCUGCACUGUGCCCUGAAGAGCCUGGAGCUGUGCUUCCACGCCGAGGGCUGCGGGCUGCCGCUGGAGACCCUGCACACCGCAGCCUUCCAGUCACUGGAGACUCACCUGGCCCUCUGCUCUGCCACCAGCCGCAAACUCAUCCAGAAAUACUUCAGCAACAGGAUCCAGCAGCAGCUGGACACCAGCUCGGAGAAGUACGGGGCCGUGACGAUCAAAGUGCUGUACCGCCCUUCGGAGCAGAAACUCCGCGUGGAAGUGCUCAACGCCGUCAACCUCAUCCCGCUGGACUCCAACG